GUUGCGUGCGCAGCAUGCCGCCCACGCUCUGGGAGCCGAGAAGCACGCUCUCGGCCGCCCUCGCCUCCCCCACCCAUCCUUCCCAGCUGCUCGGGUUGUCUGGUACGGCGCCUCCCUCGCAAACCUGCCCGCCUCCCAACCCCGGGGCCAGGCCUGACCCCCAUGUUUUGUCUUUCAACGACCAUCUGCGCGGAUCCCGUCGUUUCGUCGCACACAACCCGGCAUCACCCGCCUCAUCCCAUCUCGAAACACCCGACACACCCAAGCUCCAAGGGCCCCCCAAGGGCCAUCUUAUCUCCGGUCUGCCCGGCAGCUCCACAACCACAACAACAGCAACCUGAUUCAAUCAUCACCACCACCCAUGCCUGUCCCCUGAAGCUAUAACCAGAGCCCGUGUUAUCCCCGUUUACGACGAUGUGCAGUGCGGCAUGCCAUGCCAUGCAGUCAGAAGCGCAGCUCAGCAGGGGGCACAGCCGUUGUCCCUACCCUGCCCUGUCCCUUGGCCUGCCCCUGCCCUGUCCUGCCCUGGGCAGUUCUGUUUCCGGAAGAAGCGUGCUGCAGCAGACCAGCCGCGCGUUGUGGUGUGGUUGUGGGUUCUGGGUUAUGCAGUCAUGGGUUGUUGCGGUGGGGACAUGGGUACAUACGCAGGAUGUAUGUAUGUACAUAUGUCGUAUGGAGGUGGGAGGGGGGGGAGCGAGGGAGGGACCCAGGGGUGAGGGACUCCUGCGUGCGGAUAACUAUUGUAGGCACAGUAUGUAUGUAUGUGCGGCUGCCGGGAUGCCGCUCCUUUGGCGGCGCGCGCUUGGGAGAUGGUCGGCUGCCGCUGUUGCUGCUGCUGCUGCUGCUGCUGCUGUCGUUGUUGCUUGCUGUUGCCGCUGUUGUUGCUGCUGCUUGUGCUUGCUGCUCGGGUCGGGCGAUCGGUGUUUCCAAACUUCGCGGGCUUGACGGACGGGGGGGGAGGACCGGGGGGGUGACGGAAGCAAAGGACAGGGAAGAAGGAUGGACGGACAGGGGGGGCAGGGGUGGCCGACCAGUCUGGGCCACGUCAGUCGGGGACCUUUCAUCAUCAACAGCCUCGUUUUUUUUGUUGACUGGCCUUGCCGGACCUGCCUAGCCCCCUUUCGGUGAGUUCAAGGGUGGGCGUGGUUGUGGAUUGGGGGAAUGUCAGGAAGUUUCUUGUUCUUGUGGUUGUUGUGUGCUGGGCACGGCGGCAUGGCUUGACAAAAGGAGGCAUAUCAUGUAACUAUCUGCAAAGGCCGC